AUGAGGGCCAGUGACGACUCAUCCUUUUUUCUCUACGGCGUGGGAGAGAAACCCGAAGCCCUAACAUUAGGUUCGCUGGUGUUGGAGAAAUAUUGGCAACCAUUAAUCGCACGACACUACACACAUGAUAUGCUGAGCGAUGAAGAACUUAACCACCACACCCACAGCACAAAAUUGACCAAUCCAAGCUUUCAUGGGGCUUCUCGGCUAUCACCUUCAGUAGGAAUAGAAGGUGGUGAUAUAGUCAAUCUCAAUCUUGCUUGGAACAGGGAGCUUGAACGAAUCGUCGUCGCAGAAAGUGGAACCAGGAUUAUUCUGAAAGACCCCGAAGUAUUCCUCAAGAAUGAAGUCCUCAGCAACUCUGCAGCUCAAAAAAAGCUUAAACUCUGGCUAUCAGCGGCACACAGUGCUUAUGUUCUAAACUUCAAAUUCGCCCGACGUCCAAAAGUUUGGUUUUUGACCGGAAUGUACCUACUUGAAGGGGCGCGAACAAUAGUCUCCAGAGGUCAGUCUACAAAGAUAUCCACGGGCAUUUCAUCCGCUCUGGUUGGUGCUCUAUCUGGUGUCCCAGUAGGAGGGUCAGUAAGUCUGGGCACAGGAUCUUCAUGGGAGAUGGCGAUGGAAAUUGCCGAGCCACAUGUUUGGGCGGCACAGUUCCGUCUGCUCGAUGCCCGCUUUUUGAAGAUGGCGAAGGGUGGCGUGGAUGAUGUAAAGCUGCCCAUGACGAUGGGAUUAUACCGCGAUGUCAUGUCGGUUAACACUGCCCGUGGAGGGAAGGGCGACUCCGUGGAGAUUGGACUCGAGAAGGAAGAAGGGAAUAAUGAGCAAGGGGAAGAUCUUAUAGAGGAUCAGGAUAGCCAAGAGCUGGAAGAGUAUGAGAAGAGACUGGAGCAAGCUAUCAAUGUUUUUGAGAUGGCUCCUAAGCACUUUUUACAGUGA